AUGGAUGGAAAUCAAUCAAAAGCAAGUGAUUCACAGUUUAUUUCAUUUCAAGAUUUUCCUUCAAUAAAUCAUGAAGGAAAUAUUACUCAAGCACAAUUGGAUAUUAACACAACCACUCAUCAAGGUUUUAAUAACCUCUCAAAUGACACUUCAGGCAUUGGUAUUAUCGAAGAUCUUCAGGGAAUGCCUGAUAAAAAUGAAGCCAACUCAUCACGCAAUUUUUGGACAAUAGAGUAUUAUCAAAAGUUCUUUAAUGUAAAAACAAAUGAUGUGGUAGAAAGAAUUAAAAGAUCUAUGUUUCCACAUGGUAGUGAAAAUUAUUUGAUAUCCCAUAUUAGACCAAAUCCAGAUCUUUAUGGUCCCUUUUGGAUUUGUGUUACGUUAAUAUUUUCUAUUGCCAUUAGUGGAAAUUUGGCUGAUUAUUUACAAACAGCUAAUUCAAGUAAAUAUCAUUGGAGGUAUGAAUUUCAUAUUGUAUCUUAUGCUGCGACCUGUAUAUUUUUAUAUGCAUGGUUAUUACCACUUACUUUGUGGGGAGCUCUAAAAUGGACUACAAGCACAAGAGAUACAGAGGAGGAAUUAAUUGAGUCUUAUGCAACUCCUGGUCUUCUAGAACUUAUAUGCCUUUAUGGUUAUUCUUUGGCUAUUUAUAUUCCUGUAGCUUUUUUUUGGACAAUUCAAAUUGAAUGGUUGCAGUGGAGUUUAGUCGUAGUAGCAACUUUUUUAUCCGGAGGGGUGUUAUUAAGGUCUUUGUUACCUUUAAUAACAGGCAGGUAUAGGAUAAUGUAUAUUGUAAUAAUUCUUGGUAUGCACCUUUUAUUGGCAAUAGGAUUUAUGCGAUACUUUUUUCAUAUACCAUCAAAGACUUUAAUUAUGGAACAUAUAACACAAAUGCAAACAGAAAUUAUAGGAAAUCAAGGUGCAAAUAAUCAUUCUGGCUAAUUAUAUUUCAAUUUAUUAUACGUCAACAAUGGUGGACUUGAAAGCAUCUAUAUUUUAUAAUAAGUUGCCGAUAUAUUGGCAAGCACAUUUAUUCCAAUAAAUACCGACUGAUAAAACCGAAUGAUAAAAUCGCACAUAUUCGUUGAAAGUUAAUUCCAUUUUGUGCAUGUAGAUGUAGUAUUUAUACUAUACCUGUGAGCAAAAAAUAAAUGAAAAUAACUAAAAUUUGUCACAUUUGAGGCACUAGUGUUUAUUAAAAACAUUUCAGUCAAUUCAUAUCAAAUAUAUAUAUACAUAUAUAUAUAUAUAUAUAUGUAUAUAUAUGUAUAUAUAAUAUUCCUGUGUGUCAGGGCAAUAUAGAAGGCCAACAAAAUGUCUGGUUGAUUUAUUUUCACAGCCCCUAUUUUAAUAUAGGGACGCGUUACAUAUCAACGCAACACAUAUCAUUUACAAUCAUACGAACCUCCAUAUUGUACAUAAUAAUUGUUAGUACUCGUAAUACAAUAGAUAGUAUUUAUAAUUAUUAGUCAUCAUUAAUACAAUCGUACGUAAUUCAUUAAGAUUUUCUUCUUUAUUAUGAUUAAUCAAUGUGAUAAAAGGCAACAUUCACUUUGUAAUAGUAUCGUCACAUUAUUAUCAUCGGUCUAUCAAUAUUAUAUUAUGACAGUAGUAAUUUGCCGUUUAACGUUAUUACACAAACGAUGCAACAUUGAUAUAUUGAUAAAUAACUUUCCAAUUGUUUAUCGUGAUUUUACUAGAUUUAAUUUUUUUUUUAUACCAUACGAAAACGAUUUACGUGAUCUUCAUUGGCGUUAUUACCGAAAAGAAACGAGUGCCGUGAUAAGCUAAUUUUACUAAUAUAAGAAUGUUCAUUUUAUCUAUAAACGAUUUCGCGUUUGGAUCUAAUUGGAAGUUAAAAGUAUUUCUUUCUCUUUUUUCUUUUUUUUUUUUAACUUUUUCAAAAAGUAUCAACACGUAAUCUUGUAAAAGUUCAAGCAAUUCGCAAGAGAUAAUACGAUAGUAAAAUUUAGCAAAUAUUUCGAGUUCUACCAAGUCUUUCGUUUUGCAAGCCUUGUCGAUGUGAGCGUCGCGUGUACAAAAUAGAAAAAAGUUCGAUCAGAAUUUGACUUCUUUAAAAUAAGUAAUAAAGCAUCUCUCGUAGCCUGUAUUUUCGUCCACACUCAUGCAAUAUUUUUUAGAUUUUUUAAUUUGAUUACUGAAAAUUAAAAUUAAUUAAAUUAUGAUUCGAUGGCCACUGAUGAGAAUAAAAAUCGAUCGAUACGAAUUAUUCGGAUAUUUAAGCACAAAUACUGUCAUAAUAAAAUCAGUAAUAUUUUUUAUAAUCAAUUGAUCUUGAAUAUUAAAUUUUUUCAAAAUUUUAUCAAAAAUUUGUCAAAUAUUAUUAAAUCAAUGCGUACUUUUGUAUAAUUGUAUGAACAAUAUGUUUAAGGAAAUAUAACAUUGGAUUAUGGUGAGAUGGGCGCAAAAGUUAUGGAAUAUGUUGUGCACACAAUGACGUUUUUUAAUACUGUAAAACAAUAAACAUUUUUUAUUAGAUCGGUAUUUUCGCUUGGACAUUGGUAUCCUUGAUACAAGCUACCAGAAUUUCUGUUCGAGCGUUUAAAACUCAGUAAAGCGUUUCGACGAUCACGAAACCGCCGGAACGAUAUUCUAUAAUUUACGGCUAGUGCUCACAACGACUUGGUCCAACGUGUUUACAAGAUAAUUACAGUCAAAGUUUGCGAAUAGGCAGGAGCAAUAAUAACGAGUAAUAAAUCUACGACAGUCUACUUAGUUACUUGUUUUUUUCUUCUCUCAAUCUUUUCUGCAUCGUUACACGAAACGAUAUUUUUGUUUCUCAUCUCUCCUUUUCUUUUUUUUUUUUUUCUUUUUUAAAUAUUAAAUAUUAAGAUUCUCAACGCGUUUACACGGACAAGGAGAGCGUGUUAAACGAAUUGAGAGAAGGAUUUGCAAUUAGUUCUUAUUACCGUUAUUUACAAUUAGGUGUGUCGCCGGGCAUGUCUAUCGUUAUUAUUGUUAAUUAAUAUUAAUAUUAUAUAAUAUACAUUUUCUUCUUCUAUUUCGAAAAUGCAAACACGCAUAACUAUUACAGAAACAUACAGAGCAACUGUGCGCGAGUCGCACGCCAGGCGCCCUUUAAAUAUUACACAUAGAUAAUAAUGUUUACCCUGGUUUUAUCAAUUAUUACAAGUAUACGCAUAUAUGUAUAUGUAUGUACUUUUAUAUAUAUAUAUAUAUAUAUAUAUACACAUACUUAUAUAACAUUGCUCAUAAAUGUUAUAUUUUCUUUAUACAAUCGUUGACUAUCAUCUUCUACCAUGUUACACAAUAUUGCGGUAAUUUCAGUCGCAUGCUUAAAUAGUAUGUAAUCCAUUUCCUUUUUUUUUAUCCUAAAUUUCGAAAUUUUUACUUACAAUAAACAAACUUUAAACGAUACUGUAAGUCGUUGAAUUGAACGAGAUACUACUACAUAUUCUUGAAAAAUUACUUUUUUCCUUCUUAAAAAAAAUUUAUUUAUUCUUUAUGAAAUAUUACAUUAGGUUGAAAAUAAAUGAUAAUGUACGAUACGAGAAAGACGCGUUAAUACUUAUAUAUACAUAUCUUUUUUUUCAGGUUUUCUUUUUAUUUUUUUAUCUUGCCAAAGUUGCAACUAUAUUGUUAAUUAUUGUUGUUAUUUCAAAGCUUUCUGCGUUUCUUAACAUUUUUGUGUGCGAUUUAUCAGAUAGACCAGGAUAUAUUACCAAUUUCGAACCAAUCGUUUUGCUAUCAAUCAUGAUGAAAAUGCAUAUUUGGAAAGUGGUAACUACCGCACGGUCGGUUUUCAAUUCGUUUAAUUACAUCUAAUAUAUUUUGCAAUUUAACUACUUGGGUUAAUCAGGAUGCACGUGAAUUCGUGAUUAAAAAUCCCCGCUUAUUUGCACGUUCGCAAGGAAUUUCUACUCUUUAUUGUACUAUCUAGGUGAACGGUACGUUUUUCGACAAAUUAAGGGCGAACAAAAAAAAGGAAAGGGAUAUAGGUGUUUAACUUUUCUGUCUUUUUUCUUUUUUUUUUUUCUCAAUAGAAAUUUUUACGAGGAGAAUGGAUAUCAAAUUUUUGGUAUCGACGACCGUGACACGUUGAUAUGUUCUUUUCUAGACUGAAGCUACACAAUUCAAUUUGGAAAAGUCGUUAAAUUUCUUUUUAGAAAUUAGUAAACGCAAAACCUGGAUUCUAAGAAAGAUUCAGAAAGACGAGAUCUUUUGCGAGUACUCUUGAGUAUACUUGCCGAGUAUACUACUCGAGCACUUUCAAAUAUAUCGAAUCGCUCAGUCGCUUUGCCGUAACUUUCUAAGAAGAUAAAGUUAGUCCGUUUUGGUCAAUUACUUAGGACAGAUAGUUAACUUUAAUAAUAACUAACACGAUUAAAAAACUACGAGAAACUUACACUCGAAGAAUACACAUUUCUAACUGUAUGUACGUGUAUACAAUGUGUCGUUACUUUUGCGCGCUAUGAAAUUCUUGUUGCUUUCUAAAUUUUUAUCGUACAAUUAGACUGUUUUUUUAAAUACGUGUUCUACGAGUAAGGUUCGAAUAAAAAUCCAGUACGUUACACGUUUCCAUUAUUUGUGUGUGUAUGUAUAUAUAUGUGGUGUGUACGUGUGUGUGUGUGUAAAUGCAUCACGUAAAAAUGUGUUCGAAACGUAUCGCGCUAAAAGCACAGUUAUAGAAACAGAGAAGAAACACGUAGCGAACAUAGACACGGGCUAAAAUUUUUUUUGUUCGUGCCCGAGGAGAAAAAAUUCGCCAGCGUGGUUCGUUGAGUUCGAUGCAAAGUUAUAAAAAAGGGACGUUUCGUUUGCUCCUCUUCCACUUCUAUUAACGAGUUUUUCACCUAUGGCUUAUAAGAACGUGAGUUUCUUUUUUUUUUUUUGAUCAAAAGUUCCACGUUGAUCGUAAAUUUUUUUUUUCUUUUUCUUCCUUUUUAUUCCGAUCGAACGGCUCGUUUGAUUGCGUGCUUAAGUGAUAACAGGUACAUAAAUUACACACGAAGUAGUGAACUAUAAUUUCUUUUCCUUUCUCUCUUCUCUUUUCAAAAGCUUCUUUCCGGAAUUGCCUGGUACUUGGGGAAUGUUCGGCGAUGCAUUUGUCCGGUUCUUUUUCUUUUCUCGAUUUUCUUUGACCCACGAGUUUCCUCGUCGAUCGCUCGAAUUGUCUCGAUUGUUCAACGACAAUUCUUUUGCUUGAUAUUUUUUCAAUCGGCGAGAUCUCUUCCCGCUGCACACAACGCAAGACGCCAAGAGUAUUGAGAUUGCGAGAGAAACUAAAAAAAAAAAAACGCGGGAAGUGAAACCGGUAAUAGCGAUACCCGAUACUUCUUUCCUUUUCCUGAUACGACUUCCUUUCAAGCGUGUGGAAGGUGUGACGUGGACGAUGCGGUUAUCUCUGUUUGUUUACCGACGAAAAGGAUAAAACAGACUCGUCGAUCGGAUGAUGAUUGGAAUAAGGAUUCGCGGCCGUAGCAUAAAAGAGAGAAAAAAAGGGAGACAACGUUUGAAAAGAAUAGAACCGUAAAAAGACAGCGAAAAUUCAGUUGAAAAAGUGUCCGAGCGAAUACACGGACAUCUGUAUUUAUUAACUAUUUAGAACAUAGUGAUGCUUGCGUGAACUUUUCUCUUUCUUUCUCUGUCGUUUAUACUUUUUGCAUUUUUAUUGUUAUUAUUAUUAUUAUUAUUAUUAUUAUCAUUAUUAUUUUAAAUGUUUCUUUUCGUUUAUUCAUUUCUUCUUUUUUCUUUCCUGUUUUUUUUUUUUUUUUUUUUGCUAAUUAUCAAUCGUUCAAGUUGCAUAGCUUAUUUCCUUGAUUACAUUUUUUUUACGCGGCUUCAAAGAGCAUCGAAGCUCUCAUCGAUCACCUUAAGCAUUAGUCUUUAGUAUUUGAUUAUUAUACUACAGUAAUAUACAGAAAAUCGUGGUUCUUGUCCCGGUAGCCUGCUCGUCCAUCGAGUCAAUUUUAUCUCCCAUUAGUUCGCAAUUGUGUCGAUUUUAAUUUGUCGCUGGACGAGCAGUCCCCGGGGCUUUCAAUUAAUAUUCAAUAAUUACAAUACACUAAAUAUAAUCGGCCCGUGUAUAUUAAAAUAUAAAUAUCAAAUAGACUUUUUGCCCCCAGGAUGUAUGCACCUAAAUGCCGAUGCGCGACUUAAAAAUUGAGAAAUGUUCGUUAAGUAAGUCGUCACCGAUUAGUCAAAACCCCUGUUGUCGAAAGUACGCGGAUCUCGUCACCACCAAAAUUUCGAUAAAAUCCAAAAAAUGAAUUUUAUUAUCAUCAUCAUCAUCAUCAUCAUCAUCAUUAUUAUUAUUAUUAUUAACGAAGAAAAAUAUUCAGUCGAUAGUCGAUCGUUUUGUUUUUUUUUUCUCUAAUCGAGACGAGAUUUUCUACGUGUAGUUAUCUAUAGAUUCCGGUAGUGACGAGCCAUUUCGAGAUGAGAAGAUUAGAAUUUUUCCGUUAUCUACUAGAUGAUAUUAUAAUGACCCUUAAUUCCAUUACAGUAUCGAAACGUCGUGUCGGUCGACAGUGACGAAGAAGAUUUCGAGAAUCGUUUGAUUCACUGUACAAUUUAAAGCCUAAAUACUUUUUGAUUUGUCUGCUGAUUGAUUUAUAAUUGUCGUUCGUUUUCCAUCGUUCUCUCCAACGAGGCGUUUAUUGUCAGACACACUAAAGUGAAGCCAAAGAACAGGACUCGUCGCGGUCGGUCGACCCAACGCCGUGAACCGUAACGCAGCGGUUCUUUCGCAGUUUUUCUACACUUUCUUCUCGAUCUUCUUCCUCUUUUUUUUUCUUUCUUUCUUUCUUUCUCGUUCGUUCGCUAGUCCAUAUAAUAAUUCCUUUCUCUCGAAACUUAUUAUUAUUACCAAUUUUUUCCAACAGUUUUUCUAAUAUUCGACGACGACGACGACAUUCGGAUUCGUAUAGUUCCGUAUUCGUGCACAAACUAUUUCCGAGACCAAACUAAACCUAUGCUUUGUACUCUGGUCGACCUCUGAAAUAAUUCAUCGCACGCGCAAGCAGUGGAUAUCUCAAUUUUUCUUUGCCUUCUAUUAUACAAUUUUUAUAUAUGUAUAUGAUGUAUAUUCAUAUAUGUAUAUGUAUAUAUAUAUAUAUAUAUAUGUGUGUACGUGUGUAUGUAUGUAUGUGUGUGUGUGUGUGUGUAAAGAGAAACGGUGUUCAACGAAAUAACCGAGCAUAAAAGCGAGACGAAUCGAAUUCUAAGUUAACGAAAAUAAUUAGCCCGGUCGAUAAACGAAAUUCUAGAAGAUAUUCUGCAUGGAUCGUCGAUAUAAGGCACGCUCUACUAGUAAAUAAAUUUGAUGAGUCGAUAAAUACGAGUGCUUGCACUCGGUAGUUUCGACACACCGAUACAUUUUUACAGGCCAUGCGUUUUUUAAGCUGAUUCGAUCGUGUUUGUAAACAAACACGGGAAGAGAAAAACCGUUCGUCGAUUUCUUCCCUCCUAUCGAUUACAACGCGAAUACAAGUUGCGCCUUCUUCUGUGUUCUAAAAUUCUACAGCGGAAGUCGCGCAAAGUGAAAAGCGGUAGACAGAAAAUAGCCGUCUCUCGGAUGCUCGGAUAUCUGUUGUACGCCAUUCUCGUUCGACGACUCCGCCAUUACGCACGCGGCAAAGACAAUCGGCGCAGCCUGAGAGUUUUAAUACUUUAAGACAGACUUUCUGCGAAAGCUUAAAAAAAACUUUUUCUUUUUCUCCUCCUUUCCUCCUCCGUGUGUACGUGUGUGUUUCACUCACUCACUCUCUCUCUCUCUCUCUCUUUCCCUCUCUGCCUUUUCCUUUUUAUUUCUCCGUUCGUUUUCCUACGCUAAAUACCGCCAUUUAGAAACUUCACUUUACACUCGCUACGACAGCGAUCGAUCGGGGUUUAUGCUACGUUGCUGGAUCCACGAUCAUACCGAAUCCAUCGAGUUUAACGUUUUUCGUUUCUUUUCGAAUUUUUUUUUGAAAUUUUGAAAACCUGACACCGCGAAGUGUACAAUUUGUCUUAUUUCUCGAUUCAAGAAGAACGAAAUCGAAAAGAAGAUCGAUCUUGUUCAAAACUUUCGAUGAAUUCGGUGACACCGUGGUAACGAUAAUUUACACAUUUAUACACUUGUAUUCGUUACGUAUAGGAUAAAGAAGUUUGGCAAACAAUGUCAAUAUUAAUCGACGGCACGAAGGACUUAUCCUCUCAACAUGUGUGUAUGUGUAUGUGUGUAUAUGUGUACGUGUAACUAUUAUACAUGUAUCGAUGAUAAUGUUACCGCGAUAAGGCAAUGCUAUGAAAAUUCUUCGCGUGAAAAGGAUUAAACAAGAAGAAAGGGAAAAGACGAGUGAAAAAUCGACUGAAAAGUUCGAGAAUUUUUGGAAAAAAAAAAAAAAAAAGAAAAAUUUGUUUUUUUUUUUGUCACCUUUCCGAACAAGCCCGGCUUCUUUCGAACAAGUGGAAGAGAAAAUUACGAUCAGAGAACGAAAAGAUACCAAACACACUGUCGUCGUGGAAGAUGAAAAGAUCCAUAUAUACAUAUAUACCUUAUUUUUCCAAGAUAUCUUACGAUCAAUUUAGAUUGAUUAAAAAAUUAAUUAAAAGAUACAACAAGGUAUGUUGUAUCAGCCCAUACGACACGAAUGAAACAAUACAAUAAUUUGUAAUCACAACGAUGUUAAAUCCGUUAUCCAAUAAUAAUAGUUACAAAUAGUGCUACUGCUAUCAUAGUAUAAUUAAAAUACACAAAAGGCGAACAUUCAUAGGCGGUACAAAUAUAUAAUAUAGCCAUAUAGCGAAUAGAUUUAUCUGUAACAGCGAAUUCGUCUUAUUCGUACGAUUGUAUAAAGUUCUAAGUUUUAAAGAAGUUUAGAUAGACCUGUUUUAACUUCGUUACGAACCGUUAUUUUUUCCUUUCUUUCUUUCCUCACCGAAUUUCACCUUUAGUUUAGUUUUAACUUUCAUUAUUUCAAAGUUGGAUAGAAAUCUAUAGAAAUCAGAUUUUCGUACGAUUGAAAAUCUUGUGGAAGGAAUCCCGAAGUUGAGCGAACCAAGGAGAAUCCUUUGAACACCGGUGAAGAAUAAACAACCAAUACCUUUGAAACUACCUAUAGAAGAAGAAAAAAAAAAAGUUUGUUCGCUUGAAAAUUCGCUUUAUCUCUUUGUGAAAAUACCGAUCUGGUAAAUAAGUCCAAUAAGUAGAAUGUUUCUUCCACGUGGCACGAAACGAAAACAACAUGGGAACGCGUGUUUUUUCGUCGAAAAAGAAACGUUGAAAAGAAGGAAACGAAUAUUAUAAAAAGAAAACUAGAAGUAGAAGAAAGAAAAAUUCUAUAUAUCUAAAUCGUACGAACAUCGAAACACCAAAAUUUCUACUUUCUUCCACAGCGAAUACUAUCAAACUAUGCCAAGGCGUAAAUCUCUAAUUAUCGAUCCUAAUUCCGUCACCCAUUAAAGACGAGAAAAAUCGUAUUAUUAUAACAAUAUAACAAUGUCUAAGCAGCAGUGAUGUGUUUACACGAGUGUUCUUUCCCCCUCCCCCGCGCUCCCUCCCCCCAUUUUCGUUUAAAAACUAUUAAUAGAUUAGCCCCUUAUUCGUAUAACAUUAUGCAUAAUUGUUGACAAACGUAUAUAAUACAAGUACUACCGUUAAUAUUAUUUGCAAUAUUACCAUAGUAUAAUAGUGAACAUUAAGAACAUCGAAGAACAGUCAGAUGUGAAUCGUCGAUUCUAGCCUAAUUUUACCCGCACGGUUUCUAUCAUUUACUUCUUGCUUCUCUAAUCGGACUUCAUUUACUCGUGUCGAGUUACGAUACGGAGCAGAAGAAAGGAAACGAAAGAAAUUAAAAAAAAAAAAAAAAAAAAAAAGAAAAAUAAAAGAGAAAAAGAAAAAAAAACAACAAAAGAGGAAACAUCUGAGAUAUCUAACAGCGGUCUCCGCAGUUCGUCUCGAUUCAAAAUUUCAUCAAAAUUUUGAAUCGUUUCAGAGAAGUCUCAAGGUACGAAUUAAAACUACGGACUAUUGUAAUUUCUCUUUGCACGGUGUAUAUAUAUACAUAUACAUAUAAUCUACGAGAUCGCGCGCGCACGUAAACCGAACAAAGAAAUUCGUGCGUAUGGGAUCGUGAGCAAAAUUCUAGUUGACGAGUCGCGACCAAACGAAAUUUAAGAUAAGUAUCGUAUAUACAUACACAUAUACGCCGAUAGUAUACGCCGUUUGGGUUUUUUCUCUCUCUCUCUGCUUCUUCUUUUUUUCUUUUUCUUUUUUUUUUUUUUUUUUCUUUUUUUCAUUAUUCGUUUCUAAAUUGUAAAUGUGGUCCGAUCGUGAUGAGCAAUCCGACGAUUAAAGACCAAGAACGUAAGAAGACAGACGUUUAAGAAUUCACAGAGCACAAUACAAUAUCAAUCCUCUAGUAGUAACUCCAAAAAUAUGUUAUUCUCUCCUAUAUUUGUAAUAACUACGCUAUCUAUUCCUCGCAAAAAAUCAGUUACUUUGUUUUACAGUGAUAAUAUAUAAUAUAUAUAUAUUAUAUGUAUAUAAUAUAUAUAUAAUUUUAUACGAACUAUCCAUACAACGCGAUGAACAUUAAAUUCUAAGUCCACAAAAAAAAAACGUAAUUUUAUCCGUGGAUUUCCCUUCUUUUUUCCUUUCUUUCUCUUUUAUUUAUCCUUUCGUGUUUUUUUUUCUUUUUUCUUCAUUUCUGGCCAUUUCAACGAGAGUCGAAUCCGUUAUUUAACAGUUGUUCUAACCUCGUUCGUCGAACAUCAUUUUACGACACCGAAUACUCGUGUACAGAAACUGAUCCAUCCAGUUUUCGAAAAAUCCUCUCUUUUCUUUUUUUUUUUUUUUUUUUCCUAUAAUUAUUAAUCGUUAUUUUUCUUCCCUUUCGUCUUUCGAGCCGAAAGAAAGAAAUUUCAAGUUCCAUGCACGAGCACUCGGGAUCGAGCAUUAGAGAUUCCACACACUAAAUAAAUUUUCUAUUGGACACAAUCUCAUUAACAUUUUAGGCACUACACCUAGACACUAAGAAAUCACUCCGCUCCCUUCUGCCCUGAUGCGAUAAGAAAUAUAUUUACAAAUUUAAAAAUGAUUAAAAUAAUAUUAUAUCUCUAUAGCUUCGAGUGUAUACAUGUAUGUGCACGUACGCGCGUGAACGCGCACGCUUAUAAUCCGUGUAUUAUGUAGGUGUAUUAUUUUGUACAUGUGUUCCUUGUUUUUCUUUUUUUUUCUUUUUUUUUUUUCUUUUUUUUGAAUGUAUUAUAUUAUGUAUCAUCGUGUCACCCGAAAGGAAGAGGUAAACUGUUACGCUUGCGCCCAACAAUGAGUGUGAAGUAGCGUCACCAUCUAUCCUAGAAAAUAUCGUAUCUUUUUUCUUUUUUUAGCACAAUUUUCCCUCUAAAGUGGUGAAAAAAUAUGGAAGUAAAAAUCUACCACAAACGUCGUCUAAUCUAUCGUGUCACUCGAAGCAAAAAAUUCGCUAGAGGAAAGAAAAGAGAUAAAAAAAAAAAAAAAAAAGCUUAAGAAGAAAUAUCAAAGAAAAUUCGAACAAAUUGGACGAUGAGCAGCUAAGGUAACAUCAGUAUCAUCAUCCUAUCGAAAGUGACAUUCGUAUGAUAACGUAUAACCUUCUCGAUCGUUAACGACAAACACUAUACUAUUUUUUUUUUUUUUAUAUGAUUUAUAUAUAUAACGCGUCAUGCACGUUGGCCUAUCUAAAAGCCCGAUCAAAAUAACAUCGUGCAUCGAAAAUGUUGGAUCUUAUAAUUAAUAAAAUAUCACAACUAGAACCAUCGUUAUAAUAUUACGGUACGUUUUCAGAGAAAAAAAAAAAAAAAAUAAAAGAAAAAGAAAUCGUUUUCUUUUAUUUUUUUUUUUUUUUCCGCAUUAGUGGUGAGCUACUGUUAUUUAGAUACGCAUCGACGCGACGCGUUUGGUUACUUAUCUAACCGUACACAGCGUAAAACGUUAUUAUAAAGUAACAAUGACUGCGCUAAUAUGACUAUGAGCUUGUACUGACUGACGAUCUACACCUAAAAGAGUGAUAAACUAACAUAGGAUCAUUGUAUAGUUGCGUAUACUAAACCCAAAGCUGUUAAUUAAUUAAUUAAUUAAUUAAUAAUAACAUCGACAAUAAUAUAAUUCUAUUUGUUAGAGAAUAACCGAUAUCCGACUCCACAAGCUGGUCAUCUAAAAUCUAUUUUACCCAAAUACUUUUUUCCAUACUCGACGCUAAUAACAACGUGAACUUAAUAAAAUAAAAUACUUAUAUACGUAGAUAUAUCAGAUAUAUCAUAGUGAUUAAUCAGAACGAUCGAUUCCACGAUCAGCAAUUACAGUCUUAUGCUAACGUUAUACGAAUAUUAUAUAUCGUCAGUCAAGACUUGCUCUUUGGAUGAAGAGAGAAGAGAAGAAAAAGAAAAAAAAAAAAAAAAAAAGGAAAAGAAAAAGAAAGAAAUCUGACUGAAAUUCUAUCGCCUAUCUAGUGACACGUAUGUAAAUAUAUACGUUCGAAUGUACAGAGGAAAAAAAAAAAAAAAAUGAAGCAUGAUGGUACAUGACUAUGACGCGUGAGACUGUCGUGUGUACUCGUCUUCUUACGUGUGUGUUUAUGCAUGCAUCGAUUCACGCGACGAAAACAAAAAAAAAAAAAAAAAAAAGAAAA